CGAAAUGAUUGGUGUAAAGGAAACGUAACGCGGCGGUGGCGGGGCUAUCGAUCGACGCGGCCAGUCGGCGCCGGGCCUUCGCGCGGGACGCACGUAUCGCGGCCGCCACCAUACACGAAUAACCUCUCUGACUGUAGUCACUCGCUCGACCGCGCGACCGCACACACACCGACAGCUCUCGUUGACCCGGCAAGGCGGCGGCCAUCACUUGAAACUUAUCUAAGUUGAACGCGUAGAGCAGUAACCGGCAAGAUGGCGGCGUUCGUUGCAAAGCAGAUGGUUGGAAACAAACUCAGUGCUGUCAAAGGGGCAGUUGGUGGUGAUGGUGAUGACAGCGACGACAAGGAAAAGGAAGAAGAAGCAGAACGCGAACGGCAAGAAGCCAUCCGCGAGGCUGAGGAGAGGCGCAAGGAGAAGCACCGCAAGAUGGAGGAGGAGCGCGAGAAGAUGCGUCAGGAGAUCAGGGAUAAGUACAAAAUCCCAAAGAAGGAAGAGGUGGUGGAACAGCAGCAAGCCGAGCCUGACAAUCCUCUCAUGAGGAAGAAGAAGACUCCUGAAGAACUGGCGGCCGAGGCGGAGCUUGAAGACCAGGAUGAGUUCACCAAACUGAAAAACACCAUCGAAACGCAAGUGAACGAACUAAAGUCGCAGAUCGAGAGCAAGUGCGUGAUGCAGUGAGCGCCUCUCGACCAUUGUAAAACUAUCUGAAUACAUGAUGUAGCUGAGCUAAGGUCAUUGUUACGACGAUGUUUCACACCCUGUAUACACCCCACCACCCACACGAGCCCCGGAUAGCGAAUAAACAACAAAAACUAACAAUUUCGUUCGGACGUAUCAAUCAUUCGCGCUCAAAAUUUUUGUAGGAGAGAUUCGAAUUCUAAAUUUUUUCGGAACGUAGUUGGCUAGUGGCGCGUUGGUGCUUGAUAAUAAGCAAUAAUAUUUUUAUACAUUCAUAAAAAAUUUUUGGAAGGCAGCCCUCGAUACUACUGUGAAGCGCGUUUCUGAACGUAUGGUCAAAAAGUCAUCAGCCACCGAGCGUCAGAGGAACGCAGUCGUGCACUCGUCAAGCAGUUUAUAUGUUGAAGCUUGUGAUAUAUUGUUAUUUAAGUGUAAAGUUGAAAUAAUAUAAUACAACUAGAAAGAAACGGUGUAAUCUAAUUAAAUGGAAGAACUUAUUAUAAGUAACUCUAGCACGCGUGUAGACUCGACAAUCGAUUAUUCGACUAUUCAUCGCCUCCUCUUCUCUAUUUCGCACUUACAUUGAAAUAACAAUGUAUUCGGUCUGUCGGUGUAUUUGUUUCAUCCAAAUUCCACGCUUGUCUGACGGUCUGUCUGUCUGUCUGUUUCCCCCGCUCUUACUACGAUUCGCUUGAGCUCUUCGACUUUUGCCUCUAAAUCUUUUGCAUGCGUGCUUAUGCAGUGUUAAUCUAUGUGUCAAUGUAAUUUCUGUUAGGUGUACAUACCUGUAAUCGACCUAGCCUUAAUAUCCACAUCGAAUAUAAUAGGUAAUUGUUAUGGAGGCGCGCUGCGCCCGCUGUUGUCCAAUACUUUCUUGCAUGUUUAAUAUAAGACUCAAUGUUCAUUUAGUGUUUAAUGUGUAAAAUGUUGUAGAUAAACAAGUGGAUCGCGUUGUGUUACCGUCUAAACUAAUGGUUUAUCGAUGUUUUACGCUUAGGUAUUAAAGUUAAAUAACACAUUGUGGUGUGAGCAAAUUAUUCGAGCGAUUGCACCAAUCGGAGCGGCUUACGAAGGCAGGCGAUUGUUGUACCUACAACCAGUGAAUGUAAGAUCAAGAUGGCUCACGCAGACAGCGGGUCGAUGGGGCAGACGUGAGGAAGAGCGUAGUGAAGGCAGAUCGUGCUAAUUGUUCGAACAAUGUUGUCCACAUAGUUAUAAAGCUGCAAAUGCAAAAGAUUUGUUAUCGUCAAAAGCUGUGAUAUAUGAAUAUAAUAAACUAAAGCGCGCAAUGCGACGACGCUCGCGCUCUUAGCUUCUUCAAUCUUUCAAUCUUCAAUGUUCGACACGAAACUAUCAUUGUACCUUCUUAUAGAUCGGACCUCUUCGGAUUACAAUCUCUUCAAUCAGCACAUCAUGUAUUUUAUAUAUCUCUGUUAUAUGUUCACACGCGAUGCUCUCUGGUCACUGUAGCUUAGGACGUUCUCAGUAGACCUGUCUUAUGUGUAGAUCUCAUGUGAUGUCGAUGUACACCCGUGCACUGUGCCCGUUUACGAUAAUUACGACUUACACAAACAUAGCGUAUCCAUAGGUUAAUUUGUUAAUUAGUUCAGACUUUAAGUACAACAGGAUAAGGAUACUGACACCAAAGUACAUAGUUAGUUUGUAUCGAUGGCACAUCACUAAUUAGUCGAGUUGUCGGACAGUUGGUCGAUGCAUCGAUUCCCAACCAGUCGCAUCGCGUGUUAAAUACUAAGAUUAUAUUAUUUUAGAUACUUCACUUACACACUUAAUGCUUGCUUAUUUUCUUACGUUAUAUGACAUCCUGUCAAUUACACCUACCUUCUCUUCACACAUAUACUAUUCAAUAUACAAACAUGUAAAUAAAAAAGCAAUAAUUUCAGAUUGUUUAUUGAGAAUGCUACUAUUUUUCUGAAGUAUAAGAAUCGACUAUUUUUCGCACUGUACUGCACUCGGUAUAUUAUCAUAGCUUGUCUCAUAGUCCUUGUUUGGAGCACGCACUACGCAUCGCAAGCGUACGAGUAAGUGGGCGUCACUAAUGUAAGACGUAAUAUAUACUUAAAGUUUCACGAUGUAUGUGUGGUUAGCCUAGGUGAUAAUGUAUAACUAGUUGUACCGUACGUGCAUGGCAAAUCUAGCUAAAUGGUUGUAUGUAGACAUUCAAUACAAUAAUAGUCGUUAAGUCUAUUGGACCUGUCUGAUGACCAAAUUUCGACAGAAUCUAUCUUUCCUUCAUCCUCUUGUGUGUUAGCUAAUACUAAUCUAUAACCUUUGUCUAUAUCUUGAAUCUAUCGUAGUGUAGUCUGCGUUCUACGUUGUUGACUCUCAAGUAGCUGAUAGUUUAGAUAAAAUGUUAUUUUGGUAUAGAGCGGUCUGUACUCGGGAGUGUGGACUUACUGUCACUAAUUUAAAAUUAACGGAACUUGCACUCGCUGCGCGGGCGCCGGCCGCGGGAGUCGCGUGACGCGGCGCAUGCGCGGCGCCGUGUAAGUGGUUGCAUGACGUGUGAACAGUGUGCUCAGCUCUUGGCGUGUUGGUGUCGUUCUCUACUAAUUAGUCGCGUGUCAAGCUGUUUGUAAACAUAACGUUAGUCGCUUCUAUUCUCGUGUAUUUAAGCUUUCGAUGUUCAGUGUAAUAGUUUAUAGUAAUAACGUUGCUUCACUGCGCCACUUCUUAAGGAAUUUGGGUGAUAUCAAAUGGUUGUUGAAUUAUUUAAUGUACCUAAUACGAACGUGUUUCUGCUGUCAAUGUUUGUUUCCACGACCGUGGCGAUGUAGCUGUGUACACAUCGAUCUUCGCCCUGGUCUGUCACCGCGUCCUGCAUCAUGUCUCUUCACACAACAGUACCUAUAAUUAUUAUUGUAUUUCUUUUUUAUAAUAUUAUAGUGAAUUUAUAAAGAGGUUUAUACAAGGUAGACGUGUAGUUUAGACAUAAAGAAAAUAAUUGUAAAAUCAAAAUUUUUGAAAAGAAUAUAAGUAAAUGAUUUCCGUAUAAUGUUCCCGUAGUGUUAAUUUUAAGGAAUCCAAGAUGUCGCGACCAAUUUUUAUAUGUUUUGCCACGAGGAAGUAAUCGAUGUUACAGUUGGAUAUUUUCGAAUCUUAUGACUCUCAUACUCAGGGUAAUAUACUUAUAGUUAUCUGUUCAUAGUAUGAUUUAGAUCGUUUAGCUAUGAAACGUAUGACUUUUUGGCCUGCGAAGGCUUACUUACCUUUCUCGGAACCUCUUCCUCUAUAUGUACCCUUGACCCAAACGGUAGAUCGUCUUGAUAUUUCACUGUUGUUCUUAAAUCCUUAGAGGAGUUAUGGAAUGGUAGACUAAAUAACAUUUUAUGACAUAACUUGUUAAACUUAUUAAAUAAACUAGCCUAUUGAUAGUUGCACUAGGUUUAAUGUAAGGGGGCGUCUGUGGGGACAGCCGCUCGCCGCGACACGUGAUAAUACUAAAGCGGCCCAGUCGCAACAUUUUCUGCGGAGUUACAAGGAGACUGCGCGAGCGUCGGUAGUGCUAUCAUCUGACGAAGCAGACGCUAUGAACGGGAGAUUUAGUAAGCAAGGCUACACUAUGUAACAUGGUCGUGCACGCGAAUGAUAACUCUACCGACACUCACACAUUCCAUAAGGUGUGCGCUACUGGCAGAAACAAACGAGAGGCGGUCGGUGAUUGCAAUAACGUAUAGACAAUUAGAGACAACGACACUGUACCACACACUCAAGAGCUUUUACACUGAAUGCCAAUAUUAGUUUGACGUUGUUAUUGUUUCAAGUCUCGGGCGGCGCAGGAGUUGCAAAGAACUGAAUAUAAAGUGCCACACACAGACAGUAACUGCGCUGACAUAGUUCCACAGACUCUGCGCUGUCGGUGGAACGUUUCAUGUGAUUCUGAAUAGUUUACAAAUAUAUUCUGUUGUUAGAGGAGCGCCGACCGCGCGGCCGCCGCCCUCCCUCUGAGCACGAAAGUUGUUGUAAGGCAGGCGGCCGCACUGUCCGCGGCUCGAUUCUUGUUUGUAUAUUAUAGUUAUUGGCCAACACACUAGUUCGUUAGCUUUUAAUAUUAGUGACAUUAUAGUGUUAAAAUUGCAAGUUUACAGAAUGUAUAAAAUUCCAAUGAAACCAUUAAGUACUCAUAUAUGAACGGGGUUCAUAUGUAUGUUGUCUUGUUAUAUUAAAGAAGAAAAGGUUAGUAGUUUAUCCACAAUUAAAUUUAAACUUAGGGAUUAUGGAUGAAUAACGAAAAAGGUUAUUGUUGAAAAAUGUUUUUAGGUAAUUAAAUAAACGGAUUGAGCUUCUGUGACACCUUGUUGUUAACAAUAAGUUAGGUUUGGUUGCAGUGACCGCCCGACCGCGGCCGAUUCAUGGCACCGACUCUUUG